AGGAUUAUUGACGUGGGGAGGACCACUGACGUCGAGAUUCACUGAGCUGUCAGACGGACCCUACCUUCACACACGAAACUGGGAAUAUCACAAGCUCUCCAUCAUGAAGUUACACAGAAGACCACAGCUUUUAUUUCAGUGGACAAUUAGUGCAGUUAUCUUCUUCCUUUCAUUACAUGUAUUUUUAGAUGCACAAUCAACAGGAACAAACAGUGCCUGUUUGCAAGCCAAGAACUGUGGAGACUGUAUAAUCACAGACCCAAGCUGUGCCUGGUGCGCGCAACCCGACUUUCAAGAUGCAGAGAACUUUCCACGCUGUGACAAUCCAGAUACAUUAAGAGAGAGGGGAUGCCAGGAGCUGCACAUAGAAAACCCUCAGAGUACCAUGAAUAUAACAGGGAAAACACCAUUAAGUAAAGCAGGAGACCCUGUGGAAAAUCUAGUCCAGGUUUAUCCUCAAGUAGUAGAUCUGACAAUGAGACCAGGGGAGAAGAUAUCUAUUGAUCUUCAGAUUCGACAGGCCGAGGACUUCCCUGUAGAUCUUUACUACCUUAUGGACUUGUCAGACUCCAUGUCUGACGACUUGGUCCAACUUAGAUCAUUGGGUGGAAUUCUAGCUGGUGAAAUGAAGAACAUCACCAAUAAUUUCAGGCUGGGCUACGGUGCCUUUAUUGAUAAAACCGUUAUGCCUUACGUUGAUAUCUACCCAGCAAAGUUAGAGAAUCCAUGUUUGAAUAAGAGGUGUGGUCCAGCAUUCUCCUUCCAUAAUAUUCUUCCACUCACGCUUGAGACAGAUAGAUUUACUGAGGAGAUCUCUAAGGUUAAUAGUUCUGGUAACCUUGACAGCCCUGAAGGUGGUAUGGACGCUCUAAUGCAAGCCACAGUCUGCACAGAUGAGAUUGGCUGGAGGGAGAGAGCCAGGCAUCUGCUUGUGUACACCACUGAUGCUAGCUUCCACAUCGCUGGAGAUGGAAAGCUUGGCGGUAUCGUAAAGCCCAAUGAUGGCAAGUGUCAUAUGGAUAGUACUGGCUUUGAAUACACCAUGGCAAAUGAAAUGGACUAUCCUUCCAUCAGUAAGCUGAGUCAGAAGAUGGAGACUCUCAGCAUUCUACCAAUCUUCGCCAUCGGGAAAGCUGAAGUAGAUAAACAGGAUCCAUUUGUCUUUUAUGAGGAUCUUCCACAAUACUUUCAUGAGUCAAAGGCAGCCAGACUUUCCGCAGAUUCAUCCAACAUUGUAGAUUUGAUCAAGAACAUAUAUUUAAAUAUCACGUCUGAAGUGACGGUAGAGACAAGCGGGGCAGACCUGUUUGAGGUAGAUUACGUGGCCCACUGUCUAGACGGCUCCGUUACCAAGGAUAAACAGACCUGUAUGGGACUCAAGCUAGGGGAUCAAAUCAGCUUUGAUGUCGGUAUUACCAUGAAGAAUUUGAGCUGCACAGAACAAUGGAAUGCACACGAUUCAGUAGGCCGACCAGUCACAGAAAAUCUUGUCCUCAACGUGAAAGCACUUUGUGAAUGCGACUGCUCCAGCAGUGAGCCGGAGCCCAACUCCACUAAAUGUAACUUCCAUGGUACGUUCACAUGUGGUGCCUGUAUGUGUAACGAAGGACGAUCAGGGAGGACCUGCGAAUGUGACAGAGUCGAGGCUGAAGGGCUUGACCCAAGCUGCGUACAACCCAAUUCUACUGUAGAGUGCUCCAGUAGAGGCACCUGCGUAUGCGGUGAAUGUGAAUGUGACACGCGUGGUGACCCUAACCGUAUCAUCACCGGAGAGUACUGUCAGUGCGACAACUACCUGUGCCCAAGAUCAGGAGGAGAGGUGUGCGGAGGUAGUGAUAAAGGAACGUGUCUUUGCGAUGAAGAUGUUGGUAACUUCUGUGGCUGUUUAGAAGGUUAUCAAGGCAGUGCUUGUGAGUGCCCUACAUCUAAUGAUACCUGUAGAGCUCCAAAUGGGGAGAUCUGUAAUGGAGUAGGGACCUGUGAUUGUGGAAAGUGUCAAUGUAAUGAUCCUAAGUACUCCGGUGCUACCUGUCAAAUAUGUCCAGACUGUGCUGGUGAGUGUGACAUCAACCAGCCUUGUGUACAGUGUAGAGCCUUCCACACCGGAGCUUACAACAAAUCACAGUGCAAGAACUGUCCCCACCCUAUCUAUGUAGUUAAGGAGCUCAGGAGGGAAGAAGGUCAUCAGGAGUGUAGAUUUACAGACGAUGAUGAGUGCCAUGUUAUCUUUACCUAUGAAAUCCUCCCAAAUGGAACCUAUUACAUAGAAGUACAAGAAGACAAAAUUUGUCCUGGAGCACCUGAGAUGCUAUGGGUCAUCCUUGGAAUCAUCAUUGGAGUCUUCCUGGUUGGUUUAGCGCUCCUCCUCAUCUGGCGUCUGCUCACAUACAUUCACGACAGGAGAGAGUUCCAGAACUUUGAGAAGGAGCGGGCCAACGCCACUUGGGAGGGCGGAGAGAACCCCAUCUAUAAGCCGUCCACGUCUGUCUUUAAAAACCCCACCUAUAAUAUAAAAUGAGCUGUACCUCCUAGUCUGCGGAUAGUUCUUUUUUUAAUUUCUAAUUUGUAAAUUGACUAAUUGUUGGGAUACCACCUCUUGGUUUUGUUGUACUGCAUGCGAUAAUGCCAAGGAAAAUGUUUUGAAGACACAGGAUGUUUCUUCAAUGCACUCUAGGAAAGGACUUGGGGUUAAGUGUGAGAGUUGUGGUGAGAUAUCCUUCUAGCAACAACCAUCUAAAGUUUAUUAAUGAUAUAAAGUGAUAGUCCAUGGAAUGUGUAGAAAUAUUAGGAUCUGUUUUUGAUUCCUAGAGUUAUGAUCGCACCUUGAAUAAAUUUUGAACAUAAUAAGAUGAGAGACUCUGUAUUUGUCAGAAGCAUCAGUUGGAUGAGCAGAAAACCAGUGAGGUCAUGACAAAGAUCUACUGCAUGGAAGCAAUGGGCAAUCGAAAGACACCAUCUUGCCUUAGAUGGUUGCAUGAUGUAUUUACAUGUAUGCUCAAUUCUGAAUGAAGAAGAGGGGUAAAACCGGAAGAACUGGCACUACUCAU